AUGUUAGGCCACGACAGUCAAAGGAACAAGAUCUUCUUUGAUAGACAGAAUCUGGCUCCUUAUCUCGAGGUGACUCCCUUUGAGCAAUAUACAGGUGGUCCAGUAUCUUUGAGCAAGAAAGAUGACAAGGGUACACCGUUUUCCCACCGAGAAGAAGCCGAUGCGGCGGCAGGUGGGGCUUCGGUUCUACAACGGGUCAGUUCCUUUAGUAUCAUUCCAAGAUCCAGUAGCUCCAUGGGACUCUCUGCAGUGGGGGGAGGAGGGCCCAACAUCAGCGCGAAUGCAAGUAAUGCUGUGGCCACGGAUACCCCUGACAUUGGUGUUCGAAGAAGUCCGUCUUCUCCUCACCCAUCAACGCCCACAAGAGCCACAAUCACUAAAUCCACUAUAUCACAAUCAGCUACAGCGGCUGGAGAAGAAGCUGCAGAAGGUGUUGUUCCCAGCUGGCGUCUCCGCGAUCGAAUGAAAACUGUGGGAGUCGGUCUUGUCAUGGCGCUGAAUGUAGGAACUGACCCACCAGAUAUCAUAAAACCUCAUCCAUGUGCCAAGCUUCAAUGCUGGAUGGAUCCAUCGACAACUAGCCGAGCCCGGGCAAAAGAGAAAAUUGGAGAACGAUUGGAAUCACAGUAUGCACGUUGGCAGCAACAAAGAGCAGCCCGUCCAUUAAAGUACCGGAGAGCUCUUGAUCCAACUGUGGAGGAUGUCAGAGCGCUCUGUUUAUGGCUACGCCGCCAGGCACGUCAUGAAAGAAUUCUAUUACAUUACAAUGGACAUGGCGUUCCGAGACCAACGGCAAAUGGGGAGAUUUGGGUAUUUGAUAAGAACCAUACAGAAUACAUUCCAUUGUCCAUCACAGAUCUGAGGCAAUGGAUGGGCAAGCCCAGUAUCGUUGUACUGGAUUGCUCCUCUGCUGCGAUUUUGAUCCCCUUUCUGACAGCCCCAAUUUCCGAAACCACACCGCCGGAUUCUCCUCUCCCUCGAUUGUCUCAAGAUGCAGACGCUGCCGAAGAAGAACGAUACAUGGAAGUCAUGUCUUCUCAGUGGGUUCGUGAUACUAUAGUGCUCUGUCCCACUUCGGAAGGAGAAUGGCUUCCCAUGCAUCCAGAUUAUCCUGCCGAUAUCUUCACCUCGUGCUUGACGACUCCCAUCAAGAUGGCGCUUCGAUGGUUUGUCCGACGCAAUCCACUCAGCAUGGGAGAGCUGCAUCCAGAUGCAGUGGACGCCAUACCUGGAAAGGAAAAUGACCGAAAGACUCCACUGGGAGAGCUCAAUUGGAUCUUUACGGCAGUCACUGACUCGAUUGCUUGGAAUGUUCUACCCAAGCCGCUCUUUCAGAGACUCUUUCGGCAGGACUUGUUGGUAGCAAGUAUGUUUCGCAACUUCUUGCUAGCGGAUCGGAUCCUUCGAUCUCUGGAUUGCACACCUCAAUCCCAUCCACCCCUGCCACCUGGAAUUGAUCGACAUCCACUGUGGUCCGCCUUUGAUUUGGCCAUGGAAACGUGUCUUUUUGGGCUGAUGAAAGAUGGUAUCCUUGGAAACCACGUCUUGAAGCCUUCCCCUGCCCCAGGGGAUAAAAAUCGAGGCGCUGGCAACAAUGGAGAAGAGGCGGCCCAGACCGUUCAUGUUGAGGUGACACCUGCAGAUGGCAAUGUCACUGGCCCUGCAUCGAGCAUUUCGUCUCCCUUCUUUUCCGAGCAAUUGACAGCCUUUGAAGUGUGGUUAGACUUUGCACCAAUCCGCAAAAUGUAUCUGAAUUCAGGAAUGCCCAUGGAAUCCCCAGAGCAAUUGCCAGUGGUCUUGCAAGUCCUUCUGUCGCAGGUGCAUCGAAUUCGAGCACUGCGGCUACUGCGCAAGUUUCUCGAACUGGGGCCAUGGGCCGUGAACAUUUCACUAAGCCUUGGCAUUUUCCCCUAUGUCAUGAAACUGCUUCAGAGUCCCGAAUACAAGAGCUUGCUGGUCAGUAUCUGGGCUUAUAUUAUAGACUUCGAUUCUUCGUGUCAAGUAGACCUGGUCAAGGAUGGAGCUCUCCAACACUUCAUACAGCGCUUGACAUUUAUUCAGACUUCUUCUGACGAGGCUGCCAGGGAAGCUGCGAAGGAACGGACUCUUGCCGCUUUCAUUUUGGCAGUUGCUGCUAAUGGAUACGAACAAGGGCAAAUGGAAUGCAGCCGCCUCAACUUGCCCGGCACAAUAAACGCAUUGCUAUCUUCGUACGAGGCCGGAGAGUUCGCUGAAAUGGGCCCGGACAGGGAUGUGGCUGAGUUCCACCACCCAGCCCCCUUCCGAAUGUGGCUAUGCUUAUGCUUGGGAAGUAUGAUGAAGGCAAACCAAGCGUGCCAGAAUGAAGCCUUCGGAAACGGAAUUCAGCAACGCCUUGUGAGCCGAAUGAAGGAUUGCAAUGCAGAUGUACGCGCGGCUGCGUGCUACGCCCUUGGGUGCCUAUUGGAAUCACCGCCCAAGAUGAAUCCACCUGCCUCGCCGGAUUUGCCAAGUUUGGCAGGGCCGCUUGGGCAAGCGCCUCAGUUUCAAACGGGGCCGUCGUCGCACCCUUUGGUUCCACCGCGGAUGCCUCCAGGCAUGGUCAUCCCCCCUGGUGCUCCCAUUCCCGUCGGUCUUCAACCCUCCUUUGCCAAUGCCCCAGGGAUGUCAAACCUUCAUUGGCACCCCCAGCAUCAACACCAACCCCAACAUCCACACCAGCAUCCAAUGCUGUUGCAACAGCCGAUGCCAGGAGGCCCGAUGACAGGCGUACAGCCGAUGCCUCCCAUGCAGCCAGGUUUGAUGCCGGGAGGCCAACACACCAUGCUCAAUCAGCCGCUUCACUUGAUGCCACAAUCACAACCGUACAUGAUCCCUAUGCAGCCCAACUUGGGAGGUGUCAACCUUGGAGGUCCCAGCUUGGGCGGACCAAACCUGGGUGGGCCCAACCUUGGUGGGCCCACCAUGCCGGUAGGAGGACCCAGCUUGGGAGGACCGGGCCCUGGAUUUAUGGUUGGGAGCGUUGGAAGGCCUGUGAGCCUAGACAACUCAAUGUUUGGAAGUCCAAGCAGACACACGGGGCCGCUGAUGCCUCCAGAUCUGUACCACGAACAAACACCGCCACGACAGCCAACUGUCUACAAUGAUCAGCCCCGACUUGAUUUCGAUUUGGAGAUUUUGGAAGGCGUUGCGAAUGGGGCCGACGAUGGAAGUGCCACAGUUCGAUGCGAGGUUAUCAUGUCUAUUGCUGCCGCCGUUGGGAAAUAUCUUGAUGCCUUCCUUAGAGUUGCCAAUGAUCAGUCUAUAGGUCGGCAGGAUGAGCCGGAAGGAGUCGAUAAUAAAACUCCCGCCGAUACUGAUGGCGCCGACGACGCCAAGAACAGCCGUCCUCCGAGCCGCUAUGACAUUGAGCUCGAAGAGGUAGACGGUGAAAGCAUCGAAAGAUUUCUUGAGAUAUGGAAGACACUCCGCAAGUUGCAACACCACGAUCCGCACCCAGAGGUAUCGAGUGCAGCAAACGACGUUGUGAUGUUUGUUCAUGAAACCCUCAUGAGACGGCGAGCGGACCUUCAUGCUGACGACGAGACUCCGAGAAAGAAAGAACUGGCCGGCAUAGAGGAAGAGGGCUUGAGUCCAGCACAUUUUGAUUCGGAGCGCCAGGAUGAAGCCAAUCCUCCGCGUAGCGACGGUCCCCCGCAUCGACUUAACCCAAGUCGACAAAACCCUGCUGUCCUUAGACGCGUCGCUUCAGACUUGGCUACGCCUGUUAGUGGCAUCGUUGCCGGCUCCGCCUUGGAUCUCUCUGGUGGCAAGAACCACCCACAAGGAGGAGAUCGUGGCGAGUCCGCCAAGUCGACUCUGGAUUACAGCCUUCCCAAAUCCAAAUUCUACGAUUGGAAAAAGAGCAUCUUUAAUGAAACCAUUGACUCCCAGACCGAGCGAGACCAGGAUGCCGAGUUGGACCCUUUGAGCCCGGAAGGUGCAACCAGGGCUUAUCAAGGGCGUCGCAACUUCCUAUCACUAGAGAGCGUUCAAGAGCUUGAAACUCAUUUCAAGGACCUAACGCCGAAGGCACCGAAACCUACGAAGCAAAGCAUUGAGGAUAUUAUGACUCCGCCCACUGAAAACGCUGAAGAUGACGUCGCAAGCUACGCGCUGAAACGCGAGCUAGAGUUGAGAGAGAGAAAGCUACUACGCAAUACUGGCGUCAAAAUGACUACAAUGCUCAAGUUCCAUCCCUUCGAAGAUAUCAUCGUGGCUUGCGGAGCCGAAGAUGGCGUCACUGUUUGGGACGUCGAGGAAGGACAACGAUCAGUUUCUUUUAUGAAUGGCAACCCCAAAGGGACGAGGAUGACAACCGCAACUUGGAUCAAUGGAGCAUCGACUAGUCUUUUUCUCAUUGGUUGCGACGACGGUUCCGCUCGAAUCUGGGAUGGUCUAGUUGAGAACAAUGGAGAAGCAAGUCUCGACCCUCCUCGUCUUGUGUCAAGCUUCUUUGCAGCUUCAGAUGUUGUUGCUGGAUCUCGCGGAAGAAGCGGAUUGGUCUGCGAAUGGCAGCAGUACAGCGGCACACUCAUUGCCGGGGGCGACAGCAAGUAUUUGAAGUGUUGGGAUAUUGAGGCCGAGAAGUGCCGAAAUGUGCUGGAGACAGACACAAAGGCUUGCCUGACCACCCUAACGAGCGCUUGGGACUACGAAACUCUCGGAAAGGACGAACCAAAGGGAUCACCAGGAAUUGGACCAAGCGUUUUGGUGGGUGGAUACUCCGAUGGUACCAUGAAAGUAUUCGACAUUCGUUGUAAUGCUGCAGUCGCCGAGGCACAGAGUGGGGCAAAAUCGUGGACCAAACGGCGCCGCCCCACCAAGUACGAAGAACACAACAGUUGGAUUGUCAACACGACAUUUACUGGAUACGGUGGUUAUGGUGGUCAAAUUGUGACGGGCGGUAUCGCUGGUGACAUUAAAGUGUGGGAUCUGAGAAUGUCAACGAGCCAGUUGACAUUGGAGGUGCAGCGAAGCACAAUGACGGCAUUGGCUGUACACAAGAAGAUCCCUGUGGUUGCGACAGGUUCACACGCACAAUUCAUCAAGAUCCUGACCUUGGAUGGUGAUACAGUGAGGGUGAUUCGCUAUCACGAAGAGAUGUCGAACCAUCGGAUUGGGCCAGUCAGUUGCCUUGAGUGGCAUCCUUACAAACCGAUCUUGGCGGCAGGUGCAACCGAUACGUACGUGAGUAUCUACACGCCCAAAGGUAAAAGAUGGUCAAGAUAG